AUGAAAAUUACUCCCGGCGUAUUAGACGUUCCAGUGGUGAGGGAAUUUCAUGAUGUUUUUCCUGAUGAAUUACCUGGACUACCACCUCAUCGAGAAGUAGACUUUGAAAUAGACACUAUUCUUGGGGCGGCACCUAUUUCAAUUGCACUAUAUAGAAUGGCUCCGUCAGAGUUAAAAGAAUUAAAGAAGCAGUUAGAAGAAUUACUAGAUAAAAGGUUCAUCCGACCUAGUAUUUCACCAUCGGGAGUACCAGGUAUUGGCAACUGCGGAUUGAGGAAGAGUCGAUCCAAAGACAGCUUUGAGGACCAGCAUGGGAGAGUUAUAGCUUAUGCUUCGAGGCAGUUGAGGCCACAUGAGAUGAACUAUCCGACCCAUGAUCUGGAAUUAGUUAGUGAUCCCGGCUUAGUGAGUCCUUUCUUCCGUGAUGAACUGUUGGCACCAGUCCCUAGUCGCAGCUAUCGAAUGAGGUUCCUGGGCCGCCCGACCUGCCUAUUGGGGAAUUGCCAAAGCGAUAGCAUUGACUAUCAUCCCGAAAAGGUAAACAUUGUAGCAGAUGCUUUGAGUAGAAAAACGGUGGACCAACUUGCUGGUAUGAUCUGCUAUAACAUGGAGUAUUUGACUGCCCUCAGAGCUAUGGAUGUACACUUUAGCAUUGGUGGUGAUAUUCUACUAGCUACAAUACAAGUGAAGCCCUCCCUCAAGGAUAAAAUUAAAGAUGCACAGGCUAGAGAUUCAUAUCUGCAGAGAAUGAAAGCUAAGGUGCAAAACGGAAAGAGCGAUCAAUUUAUAAUCCAAGAAGAUGGUACAUUGUUCAAUGAAAAACUUAUAUGCAUGCUGAACGUAGAGGAGUUGAGAAUGAAAAUUAUGCACGAGGUGCACUAUGCACCGUAUGCUAUGCAUCCUGGCAGUACCAAGAUGUAUCGUGAUUGA